AUGUCCGACAGUAAUAAUCAAAAGUCAGAUUCGGAACCUAGCAAUAAAAAAAUUAAAAUUGACCAUGAAAGUGGGAAUAAUGUGAGUGAAAUUCAUUUGCAAUUAAAAGACUUUAUAUUGGAGAAGAUUUUAAAUAAUAACACUAAUAGAAAAACAGUGUGUGUGCUUGGAAAAUUCAAAGACAAAAGUGGCGUGGCUUUGGUUAUUUUAGAGAAAAAUGCUUUCAAGGAAGAAGAUUUGGACAAUGAGGGCUACUUUUCCGUAGAUACAGAGUUGAAAACGUUCUUCGAGAACGAUAUCUACGGGAACUACGAGUGUUUCCCUCGGUCCUCACUUAAUGUCGGGUCAGAUAAGAAGCAUAUUGCCAAGUUCAGCCAACAGGAGCGUCAUAUCGUGCUGGAAACUCCCGAGCUGUACCAGAAGCUCACACUACCUCAUUUGGAGAAAGAGCAGUUUAAUUUGCAGUGGGUCUACAACAUCCUAGAAGGCGAGAGUGAGCAAGACAGAAUAGUCUACGACAAUAAGUGUGAAAGAGACGGGUUUGUGUUGGUACCGGACCUCAAGUGGGACGGAGUUACCAAGGAGACUCUGUACUUGUUGGCUAUUAAAAAGAUUUUCGAGAAGUACAACGUACCGGCGUCACAGCUGCGGGUCUAUGUCCACUACCAGCCGUCGUUCUACCAUCUCCACGUACACUUCACGUACCUACGCCACGAGGCGCCCGGCAUCUAUGUAGAGAAGUCACAUCUACUCGACACUGUCAUCGAUAACAUCGAAAUGAAACCAGAUUACUACCAAAAAGCUACACUACCCUUCACAAUCCGUGAAAUGGACAACAUUUUUAACAUCUACGAAACAAAUGGGCAUGUCCAGAGAAUUAAACAAGAUGUUGAAUUAAUCGAUAAGUAA